AUGAUGACAACUGCACAGAAUUCAAACUUUGCUAAUGAAGAUAUGAAUAAACUUUUAUCAGUUUCUGUACGAACUACUAAUCAUCGAAGUAGAAAUAAUUUGCUUGCAACUAUGCGUGUUAAGUCACAUGGAACAAUCGUUUGUAUGAGAAAUAGAUUCCUAGAUUUUCAAGUUUCGGAUAAUAGAUAUCAUCAAGCAGAUUUUAUUCGUAUACCACCUGAUGCAUCUGUUAUGACGGUUGUAGAACAUUUGACUCAAGUAUGGUUUCCUAAACAUCCAAAACUUGUCACAUCAUAUGUGAAACUCAAAUUAUUAAGGGCAUUUCAAGAUGACCUUCUUAAAGUUGCUCGAACCACAGGUAUUAAAAAGUGA